UUGUAGUUUGGUAGUAAUUUUCUUUGAAAUCUGAAGAAUCUCAGCUCAAAACAUUAAAUGCUCAUUUCUCUUCAGUAUUGCUCCAUAUUUCCAGCAUCUUCAGUAUUCCUAUGUCAAAUCUUUUUAAUGCCACUUUGGAUUUGAGAUGUGUUCGGUUUAAAAUAAAGAACUGUAGAUGCUGGACGUCUAAAAGAAAGGCUGAAAAGUGCCAGAUAUACAUCAAUGAUUUUAUGAAUAGUAUGCCAGACAAGCCACAAUAAUAAACCAAUUCCAAUUUCAGAUCCAAUACAUCUCUCAGCAGAUCGGGCAGUAACUAUCGAGACAGAGAAUGCUGCAAAUCAAUUUCCUUACAUCGGGGCUAUUGGCAAGUUUUGAUAUCAAUCAACAAGCGACCGGCUCGCAUUAACGUCAAUCAACUCUGUGAUUGACGUGAUUGGUAAGUCUCGCUGUCAAUCCUCAAGUGACUGCGAACGGAACCGGAGUGAUUGGCGUUCUCUCCGCCCCCUGUGGAGGACGCGGCCGCUGAUUGGAGGAGGUGCUGUCAGUUAGCGGCGGCCAGCGGCGGGGUGACAUCAGCAGCUCCGUCUAACCGACCGACGGAGACGGCAAUCGUACGCGAGGCGACCAUGGAGGAGGAUGGAGGAGAGCAGAUGAGACCUCUACUCACUGUGCGACACGAUGAAGAAGCUAUCGUGGAUUUGGGUAAAACGAGUACAAUUGUCAAUACAAACUUCGAGAAGGAAGAACUGGAGAGUCAUAGAGCAGUAUACAUUGGUGUGCACGUUCCGCUUGGUAAGCAAAGCCGAAGGCGUCACAGGCAUCGUGGACAUAAACAUCAUCAUAAGAAAAAGGGAAAAGAGAAAGAUUCAGAUAAAGAUGAUGGACGAGAGUCUCCCUCAUAUGAUACUCCAUCACAACGUGUCCAGUUUAUCCUGGGGAUAGAAGACGAUGAUGAGGAACAUAUGCCUCAUGAUCUUUUUACAGAACUGGAUGAACUUUGUUUCCGUGAUGGAGAAGAUUGUGAGUGGAAAGAAACCGCCCGAUGGCUGAAAUUUGAGGAGGAUGUGGAAGAUGGAGGGGAGCGAUGGAGUAAACCGUAUGUAGCUACCCUCUCUUUACAUAGUCUGUUUGAGUUGAGAAGCUGCAUAUUAAAUGGAACAGUCAUGCUGGACAUGAGAGCUAGUACCACGGAGGAAAUAGCAGAUAUGGUACUGGACAACAUGAUAGCAUCCGAGCAGCUGGAUGAGACCAUGCGAGAUAAAGUGCGCGAGGCACUACUGAGGAAGCACCAUCAUCAGAGUGAGAAGAAGCUGAGUAAUCGCAUCCCGAUAGUUCGCUCCUUUGCAGAUAUAGGCAAGAAACAUUCUGAUCCUCACUUGCUUGAACGAAAUGGGGAUGGCCUUUCUGCCUCCCGCCUUUCUCUCCGUGCUGGUCUGUCUGCCUCAAGUCUCUCAUUGAAAGGAGCUUCUCUUUUUUCCGUUCCAUUUGGCUCCUUGGUGCCUGGUUCCAAGAGUGGAUCUGUAGCAGGUUCAAGGUGCACCACUCCAGUUCCCACCCCUCAAAAUACACCACCCUGCAGUCCAAAACCUGAGCAUCGCUUUCGGGGUCAGAGCCAGUUGCUGGUGUCUUGUGCUGGUGAGGAUAUUCCUGAUGUGAUAGUCCAUCCCCCUGAAGAAGAAUUUGAGGUACAGGAAGGACAGGUGGAAACACGUGAAGAAUGUGGUGAACAUAAAACAGGAAUUCUAGCAUCUCCUCAAUCUGCACCAGGUAUUCUGGAGACCAAGAGCGUUGAAAACAAAUCAUCUUAUAGUAGUGCAAGUAGAGAAAACAGCACAGUGGAUUUCAGCAAGGUGGACAUGAACUUCAUGAAAAAGAUUCCAGCGGGCGCUGAGGCUUCUAAUGUCUUAGUGGGAGAAGUGGACUUCCUCGAGAGACCCAUAAUAGCCUUUGUUCGUCUGUCUCCUGCUAUUCUUCUCACAGGGCUCACAGAAGUUCCCAUUCCAACCAGAUUUUUGUUUCUUAUGUUGGGACCGUCAGGCAAAGCACAGCAAUAUCAUGAAAUUGGUAGAUCAAUAGCUACCUUAAUGACAGAUGAGAUUUUCCACGAUGUUGCCUAUAAAGCAAAGGAUCGUACUGACCUGCUGGCAGGAAUAGAUGAAUUUUUAGAUCAAGUUACUGUACUCCCCCCGGGUGAGUGGGAUCCUUCAAUACGAAUUGAACCACCAAAAUGUGUCCCAUCUCAGGAAAAGCGGAAAUUCCCUCCCGUUCCGAAUUGUUCAACGGUUACCAAUGGAGCCCCAAAUCACGAAGAACAUCAUACUGGGCCAGAACUAGAGCGUACUGGAAGGAUCUUUGGUGGCUUAAUCCGCGAUAUCAAAAGGAAGUGGCCAUUUUACCUGAGUGACUUCAAGGAUGCAAUUAGUUUGCAGUGCCUAGCUUCCAUUCUAUUCCUUUAUUGUGCUUGUAUGUCUCCUGUCAUCACUUUUGGCGGAUUGCUUGGGGAAGCAACAGAAAAUAGAAUAAGUGCAUUGGAAUCUCUCUUUGGAGCUUCAAUGACAGGAAUUGUCUAUUCUUUGUUUGCUGGACAGCCGCUGACCAUUUUGGGAAGUACAGGACCUGUGCUUGUGUUUGAAAAAAUAUUAUUCAAAUUCUGCAAAGAAUAUGAGCUUUCAUAUCUGUCACUCCGUGCCAGCAUUGGACUGUGGACUGCAUUUAUGUGUAUUGCAUUAGUUGCCACGGAUUCGAGUAGCCUGGUUUGCUACAUCACCCGCUUUACAGAAGAGGCCUUUGCUGCUCUGAUUUGCAUUAUAUUCAUUUAUGAAGCUUUGGAGAAGCUCUUUGACCUGGGAGAGAAGUAUCCAUUCAAUAUGAACACUAAUCUGGAGGCACUUACCCAAUACUCAUGUGCCUGUGCUGAACCAUCUAAUCCUUCCAAUAGUACAUUGAAGAUUUGGCACCAAAAUAAUAUAUCUGCAGAUAAUGUUGCAUGGGGGAAUCUCACAGUUUCAGAAUGCCAGACGUACGGUGGGAUGUUUGUUGGUCCAGCCUGUGGCCACCAUGGGCCUUAUGUUCCUGAUGUCCUCUUCUGGUCAAUCAUUUUAUUCUUCUCAACGUUUUUUCUUUGUUCCUUCCUGAAGCAGUUCAAAACUAAACGUUACUUUCCAACAAAGGUGAGAGCCAUCAUCAGUGAUUUUGCUGUGUUUAUUACCAUUCUUACUAUGGCAUUGAUCGAUUUUCUUGUUGGCGUACCCUCACCAAAACUUACAGUGCCCGACCGGUUUGAGCCUACUCGAAAAGACAGAGGUUGGUUUAUAGAUCCACUUGGACCGAACCAGUGGUGGACUAUGCUUGCUGCUCUUGUUCCAGCUUUGCUUUGCACUAUCCUUAUCUUCAUGGAUCAACAGAUCACUGCUGUUAUCAUCAACAGAAAAGAACACAAGCUGAAGAAAGGUUGCGGUUAUCACCUUGAUUUGUUGAUGGUAGCUAUUAUGCUAGGAGUGUGCUCAAUUAUGGGCCUGCCUUGGUUCGUGGCUGCCACGGUCCUCUCCAUCAGCCACGUCAACAGCCUCAAGGUAGAAUCAGAGUGUUCAGCACCUGGAGAACAGCCCAAAUUCUUGGGUAUCCGAGAGCAGCGAGUUACUGGCUUACUGAUAUUCGUUCUAAUGGGGCUGUCUGUCUUCAUGACUUCUGUUCUCAAGUUUAUCCCAAUGCCAGUUCUGUAUGGUGUCUUCCUUUACAUGGGGGCUUCUUCCUUGAAAGGAAUUCAGUUGUUUGACCGUUUGAAAUUAUUUGGGAUGCCAGCGAAACACCAGCCUGACUUGAUAUACCUACGCUACGUACCACUUUGGAAAGUGCACAUCUUCACUCUUAUUCAGCUUACCUGCCUUAUCCUGCUCUGGAUCAUUAAAGCUUCAGCUGCUGCUGUUGUCUUUCCUAUGAUGGUUCUUGCUCUUGUGUUUAUCCGUAAAUUGUUGGACUUCUGCUUUACGAAACGAGAACUUAGCUGGUUAGAUGACUUGAUGCCUGAAAGCAAAAAGAAGAAAUUGGAAGAUAUGCAGAAAAAGAAAAAAGAAACUGAAAAAACGAAGGAUGGAUCUAAACCAACGUGGGAAGCACAAAGAAUGCUUGAAGUUGCCGAAAGUGGGACAGUGCAGCUUCCCUUGGAAGGCGGUAACAUUUUGAAGAUACCUGUAAAAAGUAUUAAGUACAGCCCAGAUGAUCCUUCGGUCGUAAACAUAUCCGAUGAAAUGGCCAAUUCUGCUGUGUGGAAGGCUCUUGCUAUGAAUGCUGAAAAUGCAAAAGUUAUAAAACUUAAAGCGAGUCCUGAAAAUACAGAGGAUGUAAGAAUGAAUACUGAAGAGGUGCCCAGGAUAAAUGUCCUUGAUGCUGAAACCUCUGUAUGAUCUUUAAUGCUGAAAUCGCCACAUCUUCGUCAUCCAAGGCAGACUUCUCCUUGUGAAAGCAACUACUUGAGCCAUACAGAACCCUGGACCUUUUACAGGAAGUACGAAUGUUUGGCUUGCUCGGUGCGGUUUCUCGGUCAGCACGAAACUCUUCCGAAGAAGACUAUUUCACCCUAAUACAAUCCAGUUAUAUUGAUUGCAAUGCCAGCUACUAUUUUAAUCUUCACAUCCAUAAGCUCAAUUUUUAAUUUACAGUUUUGGCAUAAUACAAAAACAAGCAAUAGUCUCGCAAACAAUAAUUUGCUUUGUACUAAUAAUGAUAUUCUAUUUUAAAAAUGGAAAGGAGUGCGUAAUGAACAUAAGUAUAUCCUUUAUAUAGAAAUGUAUAAAUAUGCUGCUCCUUGACACAUGUCACAAUCUGUUUUAAAUGGGGAAUAUUUAUAUUCAGACAAUGAACCAAAUCUAUAUGACUGUAUCUCAUCAUUUAUUGGUGGUCCUCGAGAGUUUUGUUGUGGGGUAACUGUGAAGUUGUCUACAGUAACAGGCUUGCAAUAGGAUAUGAUAGAACAGAUAUUUAACUUGGUAUUUUGUACACAAGGGGUGUACACCUCGUGACUACAUUGAUGUGAUACUGCUUUUCAAACUAGUCUGUUGCCAUCUUUAUUUACAAAAUUGUUUAUCAGUAUUGCAGUACUGAUUAGAGACUUACGUGCAUCCAAACUGUUUACAUUUGACUUUUUAACAUGAUAAACUGUAGGCUUCAAUUCACAAUGCAGCUUGAUAUAUGUUUUAUUUAUUUUGUACUUAGAUUGUCAAAUUUAUUCAGAAAUUGUUAUGUUAUAUGGAAUAGAAAAAAUAUUUGGCUAAUUUUAUAAAGAUUUUUGUAGUUUUUUUGUCUUUGUACUUUGUAAAGUAACCUCUUUCUAUGAGCAGUUCAGCAAUGAUAGUAUUAGAAUAGUAUCUCUAGACCAUCUCAGGAAAUUGUUAUCUUCCCAGCAUCCUACGUUACCAUGCUUUUACACAAGUUGUGAAGUUGUUUUGUCUUCCAGACUAGGUGAAGAUUUUUAAAAACAAAAACAUGACCCUAACAAAAGUACUGGAGGAACUCGGCAGGUCAGGCAGCAUCUAUGCAGAGGAAUAAACUAUAUUCUGGUAAUUCCUCCACCAUCCCUCCUUCUCUCUCUAUCCAAUCCGCAUCCUGGUUAUCCAGUCACCCCUUCUCUUCUCCUCACCUGCUCAUCACCUCCCUCUGAUUCCCGCCCUCCUUCUUCCCUUUCUCCCAUUGCCCACUAUCCUCUCACAUUAGAUUCCUUUUGUUCCAUCUAUUACCCACCAGCUUCUCAUUUUAUCCACUUUGCCCCUCACUUGGUCUCACCUAUCACCUGCCAGCUUAUACUCCUUCCCUUCCCCUCACCUUCUUAUUCUGGCGACAUCCUGCUUCCUUACCGGGUCUUGGGCCGAAACAUCGACUGUUUAUUCCUCUACGUGGUUGCUGCCUGACCUGCUAAGUUCCUCCAGCAUUUUGUGUGUGUUGCUCUGGAUUUCCAGCAACUGCAGAAUCUCCUGUGUUUGUAAAUAACUAUCCAUGUUACUUUUAAGUAGAAGCAGGUUCAUUUAUCUUGCGUGUGACAGACAAUGCCAGUGCAAGAAAAAGAAUUGCACUUAGCCAUUACAAGAUGAAAAAAAGGUAAUGUUGUGAAAAAUUUGGUUUGUGUCAUUAAAUCCACCGUAUAGUUCAAUGUGUGACAAAAUCUGCAAAUAAAUUCAGAAGUGAACUUGUUUUUCUGCUUCUGUGAUAUUAAGUGUAUCACUUCUAAUUACUGAAAUUGAAUGAUUAAGUCUACAUUACAGGAUCUAAGUUAUAAAAAAAGUUAUCUUUAUUGUGUGUCAGUGGUGAACUGAAGGAGUUUUCUAUUUAAUUUUAAAGGUUACUCAAAAAUAAAUUAAUAUUGUGUUGAUACUGUUAACUUUAAGAUGAUAAACACAGUAUGAAAUUUUAACGAGUUGAGAAACUGGUUUCUGGUAGACAGAUUAUUUCCAUUUUUAUUUUAAAUUCACAGUUGAUGGUAAUUUUAUGUCUUCCUGUGUUCUGCACAUUUAAUCACAGAACAAAAUCACUAGUAUUCAUCAAUUUUCAUAAAAUUGUCUAAUUUCAGAUAAUUAUGAUUUAAGGUUUUUAUUACUAUCUGAAAGUAUGGUAGUGACCAUUAUUUUUGUAAGGAUUCCCAAAGCAAUGUAAAAAAAAAUGUUAAAGUAAUCCAUUGUCUUAGUUCAAAUGAUAUAUGUGCACUUCCCAGGCAUUGUUUCCUAGUUAAGGAUAGCAUCCAACUGUCAGCUAUUAAAUAUUAGAGGAAAUUAUUUUUUGUAAUGUCAUAUCUGUUAAUAAAAGCAAUAAAGACUUAUUGCAUUGAUGAAUGUGAUUUAUAAACCUUUGUUUAUGAAGAAAAUAACUGAAGGAUUGUGUUGUUUUGUAACUUUGAAUUA